AUGGAUCCUCAACUUUUUAAUGAUAAUUGUACUACAAACAAUGAGGCUGAAGACCCCUGUAUUAUAAACUUACCACCUGGUUACAAAUUCAUCCCUGAUGAUGUUGACUUAAUUGAUUAUUAUUUGAAGUAUAAGUUAGCUGGUUUUCUCAUAAAUCCACCAAGAAUUAAAGAUGUUGAUGUUUACAAAUAUCCUCCUCAUGAACUAGAAAAAUACUAUAAAUUCAAAGGAGAGAAAGAAAUGUACUUUUUUACUCGAAGAAGUAAGAAAUAUGAAGAGGGAAGUCGUCCUAAUCGCGAUGUUAAAAAUCAUGACGGUAUUCAUCUGGGUUUUUGGAAGGCUACCGGAAAAGAAAAUUCAGUGAUGAAUAAUAAUAUUGAAGUUGGAUUUAAAAGAACUUUAGUCUAUUAUGGAGGAAAGCAAGACAAGCCUAAACAAAACAAAGGAAAAGAAGACAAACCUAAGCAAGAAAAGUCUAAUGAGUCAAUAAAAACCAAUUGGAAAACUAAUUGGAUCAUGCAAGAGUAUAGAAUUAAAGAUCUUACAAGUUCAAGCUCAACUUCUCUUAAUAUGGAUGAUUGGGUUUUAUGCAAAAUUUAUGAGCAUCAAUAUGGAAUGAAGAAAUCUCAAUUGGAAGGCCAAACCAACAAACAAGUGACAAUUUCUACUGGUGUGUAUGUUGCUCCACAAUGCCAACUCAAUCAAUGUCAUCAAACUCAAUGCAUGCAAUCUUCCUUAUCACCAAAUAUGAUUGAUAAUUCACAAUUUCAAUUCAAUCAACAUGAUGAUAGAGUUAAACAAAUGCAAGAUGUUUCAUCAGAAUCUCAAAUGGUCUCGAAUCAACCUAAUCAUCAACAUUCAGAGUCUCAACCAGUGGAAGUUUCGGUUCCAUCAAACACAAUUGGUAUUACACAUUGUCUAUCUAAUCAAUAUCAAUAUGAGAAUACUCAACAAAUGCAAGCUUCUUCGUCAUCAACAAUGAUGGUUACGCCGCAAUAUCAUUUUAAUCAACAACAUUAUUCUCAGGAUCAACAAAUGCAAGAUUCUUCGAGAGUAGACAUAGUCUACGAUUCACAUAUGCCACACCAUCAAGCUUAUCAACCUUGUGAAUCUCAAAUGAAAGAAUAUUAUAUUGAUCCAUCGCAAUUUAUAUAA